UUUAUUUUAAGAAAAUCCCAAUUUUCAUUUUUCCUUUUCUUCUCCAUCGUCCGAUGCUUUUUCAUUGAUUCUCCAAAUAACAACAAAUAUUACUAACAAUUUCUACCAAUCCCCUCCUCUCGCGCGCCAAAUUAAAAGAAAAGUGCCAUUUCUCUGCUUUGCUUCUUAGUUUUUGCUCAUCAGGGGACAUGGCGGAUGAUAUGGCGAGGGGGCCAGCGAGUCCAGCAGGAGGGAGCCAUGAGAGUGGAGGGGAGCAGAGCAGUUCUCACUCAAACGUGAGGGAACAAGAUCGUUUCCUCCCAAUUGCUAAUAUAAGUAGAAUCAUGAAGAAAGCAUUGCCAACUAAUGGCAAAAUUGCAAAGGAUGCUAAAGAUACUGUUCAAGAAUGUGUUUCUGAGUUCAUCAGCUUCAUCACUAGCGAGGCUAGUGAUAAAUGUCAGAAAGAGAAGAGGAAGACAAUCAAUGGUGAUGAUCUGUUGUGGGCAAUGGCAACAUUAGGCUUUGAGGACUAUAUUGAGCCACUUAAAAUAUAUCUGGCCAGGUACAGGGAGUUGGAGGGUGAUGCUAAGGGAUCCUGCUAGGGGUGGUGAAGGGCCUCUUAGAAGGGAUGGAGCUCUUCCUGUCCAAAACCCACAGUUUCCUAUCCAGGGGUCAUUGAACUAUAUUAAUUCCCAAGCGCAAGGACAUCAUAUGAUCUUUCCCUCGAUGCAAGGCAACGAUUAGCUGAUCCGAGCUCCCUCUACCACUUUCAGAAGUGUAUUAGGGGCUGGUUACAUUGUUUAAACUCAACUCUUUUAGGAUCUUUAUUGUGGACUAAUCUUGAUUAUGCAAAGUUGCACACCUUGGGGAGUAUUUAGGUUAGCUUGUUCUAAGGUGAUAUUGAAAUUAGUUGAAUGAUAUAUCCUUCUACUGUC